AUGAGUACCGCGCAUAUCCCCCAAACGCUUCUACAUCCCGACACCGUCUCCCUCGGCCGUCUCACAACAAAUGCCAACCGUCCUCACUACAAUUUCCAUGACCCUCUCGCCCCUAGGCCAGAUGCCUCCGAAAAGCGCAUUGUUCAACACACCUCUCUGUCCGAAACAAGGCGCUUCAGCAAGAGCAGCAGCAACAACUUCAAUCUUGGGGACCUGAUCAGCUUCGGAAAAAAGAACAGCAGCACGUCCACUGCCACCCUUACAGCACCAAACGCUACCACCUACGAUCUCUCAAACAACGAGACCUGGUUCCGCGAUGCGUGCAAGAAUCCGGCCACCCGUGAAUGGCUCCAGAAUGCGAUCGAGCGCAGAAAGAAUGUAUACUUAAUUGUUGGCUACAGAACAGCUAGUGGUGCAUCUCUCAAGUCUCAUGGCAGCGGGAAGAGUUCUUCAGACGGCGGAGGUUCUCUCCCUGUUCGUGCAUUCGCACCCCCGGGAGCGCUCAAUAUGGCAUUCCCGAAUCCGGCUGGUUCGGGGAGGCAGAGCGAGGAUAGUGUCAGAAAGCUGCAGUUCGAGGCGGUGGGUGAGCAGGUGUUUGCGGUGUUGUACAGGAAGGUGAAGUUUAGUUGGCUGUCGAGCCGGAAGGUUGACAAUAUGAACUUGGAGGAAGGGAAUCGAUGGAAGUCUGUGUGGGAAUGGAGGGGGGCUACGGGGCCUAGUCCUGAGGCGGAGGAGGAUGAUAUAUUGGAGGCCGAGCUAACUGAUGUCAGUGACUUUGAGGAUUGUCUUGAGGACGAGCGGGAAGGAGACGAGGAAGAUGAAGAUGAUGAUGAUGAUGAUGAGGAGGAGGAGGUGGAGGUGGAAGAGGUGGAGAAGGAGGAGGAAGUGGUAGAGGUGGAAGAGAAGAAGAAGGAGAAAAGGGAUGGGAGUAAAAAAGAGGACAAGUCAGAGGUAGUACAGACCAGCGGCUCUGUCCAUCCGUCACCAGACCCAGCUCUCGGCCCUCUAUCUCACGAGGUGUGGAAUACGCGAUGGCCUUCAACUGGUGUCUUGCUUGGACUACUGCUCAUCCCAUUGUUGGCAUUUUUAAUUCAAUCUUUGUACACGAGCGGAGCUUUUACGGCUUGGAUUCAUGGUGUUGAACUCUCACAAUAG